AUGCAGUACCGAUUCGUAUCCGUUCUUGCUGCUGGUGUGUUGGUUGCUGUGAGCAGCGCCGCACCUGUGCCUUCAGCUGAGGCACAAACCCUCAGCCCCACCAACCCAGACGACAUCCAACUCGGCAAGCCCUCGAGCGAGAUCAUCUGGAGUAAGCGCGACGACGAGCCGACCAACCCAGAUGACGUGCAGCUCGGCCCCCCAACCAGCGAGAUUAUCUGGAGCAAAGACAAGAAACGCGCCGUCACUUGGAGUGAACCCAAAGACACCUUCACCAUCAGCAAGCCCAAGACAGUUGUGACAUGGAGUACAGCGAAGCGCGACACAGUCACGCAGCCCGACACCAUCGAUUUGGGAAAGCCUAGCUCCGAGGUCAGCUGGGGUAAGAGGGAUGGGACUGACCCUGCUGAUACCAUUGAGCUUGGUAAGCCAAGCACGAUUAUCACCUGGGGCAAGGAAAAGCGCCAGACGCUGGGCAAUCCGGACUCGGAGACGACGUGGGGCAAGCGCGAGGCGGAGAAGCCGAAGGAUAGCUUCAAGCUUGGUAAGGCUACUACGGUAGUUACCUGGUCUUGA